AUGAGUUCAGACAGCCGCAGCAGAAGCCGAAGCCGAAGCAGGAGUAGGAGUCGUAGCCCCGGGAUCCGUAAGAUCCGCUCUGAUCGACAUUCCUAUCGCGAUGCCCCUUACAGGAGAGAUUCAAGUCGGGGUUUCAGCCGGGACAAUUUGUGCAAGAACUGCAAGAGGCCUGGUCACUAUGCUAGAGAAUGCCCUAAUGUUGCAGUUUGCCACAAUUGUGGGCUUCCUGGGCACAUUGCUUCUGAAUGCUCCACAAAAUCAGUGUGCUGGAAUUGCAAAGAACCGGGCCACAUGGCCAGCAGUUGUCCAAAUGAGGGCAUUUGCCACACCUGUGGUAAAACUGGCCACCGUGCUAGGGAGUGCUCAGCUCCAGCAAUGCCUCCAGGGGACUUAAGGUUGUGCCAUAACUGUUAUAAGCAGGGCCACAUUGCUGUUGAAUGCACGAAUGAGAAGGCUUGCAAUAACUGUAGGAAAACAGGGCACUUGGCACGUGAUUGUCCAAAUGACCCAAUUUGCAAUGUCUGCAAUGUUUCUGGACAUGUGGCCAGACAAUGUCCAAAAUCAAACAUCAUUGGAGAUCACAGUGGCAGAGGCAGCUUCCGUGGUGCUGGUGGAGCAGGUGGUGGUGGUUACCGUGAUGUCGUGUGCAGGAACUGUCAACAGUUGGGUCAUAUGAGCCGUGACUGCAUGGGCCCCUUGAUGAUUUGUCACAAUUGUGGAGGCCGUGGUCACUUGGCAUAUGAGUGUCCUUCAGGCCGCUUUAUGGAUCGCUACCCUAGUGAUCGCUACGCAAGUGAUCGCUACCCUAGUAGGAGAUACUAG